AUGUGCCGAGAAACUGAAGCUCUGAGGCCGACCCGCCCUUCGCAACUGUACAAGGAGCCACCAAGUUUUGCCGGGACUGGCAGUGAUGACGUGGACAAGUGGUUGAAGCAGUACCGACAGCCGGCCUCUCGCUGCUUCCAGAGGAGAGGCCUCGGCCUGCGCCAGCGGGGACCAUUGUUCAGCACCAGUGUCGCUUCUGCCCGUAUGCGACGUGGCAGAAGUUCCGUCUGGCAGUGCACGAGCGAGUACACACGGGCGAGCGAUCCCAUCGGUGCCACGUCUGCAACCGUGCAUUCGCGCAGAGUGCGCAUUUGGUGGGCCACAUGCGGUCGCACACGGGCGAGCGCCCCUUUUGAUGCCACGUGUGCAACCGUGGGUUCGCGCUCAGCUCGGACGUGGUGCGUCACAUGCGGUCACACACUGGCGAGUGGCCCUACUCGUGCCCGCACUGCCCAGCCGUCUUUGCUCAGCACAGCAGCGCCAAGGUGCACAUGCGCAGGAUUGGGCCUGGAACGAGGGCAAGCAUGCUCACCAUUCGCUGAUCGGGAAGAAGAAGGUUUGUCUGUGGCUGUCAACAUUGCCGGAGCUGCAAGGCCCUCGGAAACAGAUAAUCUGCAGGCGUCCACACAGAUGGCUCUGCCAGCAGGGGCCCUGCGGUACCGGUGCAUCUACUGCCCGUAUGCGACUCGACAACGAGCCAGUCUGGUGGUCCACGAGCGAGUGCACACGGGCGAGCGGCCCUUUCGGUGUCACGUGUGCAACCGUGGGUUCGCGCACAGAUCGCACGUGGCACGCCAUAUGCGCACGCACACUGGCGAGCGGCCCUUUUCUUGCCCACUGUGCCCUGCCGCCUUCGCACAGCGCAGUGACGUCAAGGUGCACAUGCGCACACACAACCCGCACAGUGGUGGGCGCAGACGCCAGGCCCCGCCGGCCAACGUCGGCAGCAUGGUGCUGUUGUGCACUAGUGAUGUACAUGUAGCUGCUACGUUUGAUAAUGCUGAUUGCCUGAUUAUGAUGAUUGUCUUCUUUUCCUCUUUUUCAAAACCUCGAGCAGUGCAUAUGGAACGAGGUGUGCAAAUAUCCCUCCCAUGGACUGAUUUGGAGGAACAGGAUUCUUCUGCACCUGUCGACAACGUCGGAAGUGUGGUGCUUCCGGAAACAGCUGGCCCGUCGCUGCUUCCAGAGGAGAGGCCUCGGCCGGCGCCAGCAGGGACCAUUGUUCAGCACCAGUGUCGCUUCUGCCCGUAUGCGACGUGGCAGAAGUUCCGUCUGGCCGUGCACGAGCGAGUGCACACGGGCGAGCGACCCCAUCGGUGCCACGUCUGCAGCCGUGCAUUCGCGCAGAGUGCGCAUUUGGUGGGCCACAUGCGGUCGCACACUGGCGAGCGCCCCUUUCGGUGCCACGUGUGCAACCGUGGGUUCGCGCAGAACUCGGACGUGGUGCGUCACAUGCGGUCGCACACUGGCGAGCGGCCCUACUCGUGCCCGCACUGCCCAGCCGUCUUUGCUCAGCGCAGCAGCGCCAAGGUGCACAUGCGCAGACACGAAGACCCACACAGUGGUGGCCGCAGGCACAGAGCCCCUCUGGACAACAGCAGCAGUGGGAUGCCAUAGAUGUGUUUUUGAUUGCAGAAUACUGCGUGCGUUAAGGGGGAGAGGGCCUCUCCACAACUUUUUCCCGCAAGACUGCUGCAAAUACAGUCAAGUCAAUCUCCUACUAACUUUACUAAAGGGAAAUCGGACACUGCGAUCCUUCAGUUACAUUGGGAAUGAUAGGCAGUAUAGUGAAACCUUGGUCAACGAGCACAAAUAUAACUAUCGAAAUGCAAAGUAAUUCUUAAAGUUCGCCUUCAAUAGUGGAACAUGAUAGCAUUCAAAGAUCCCUGACUGCUUCUCAUGCUUCCCGGCAACAUGAGCGUAUGUAACUGUAAUGUUUGCCACGAAAUGCUGGCCGCAAACGCUAUGCUCAAAAGCAGGCUUUGUGGUAAAAACCUGGCCUCUUAAUAUUGCUAGAGGUAUUGUAAGGAACCAGGCGCACCACGCCGUGGCCGCCAAGACAGCCACGCCCAGGUCUGCGCAAAUGGCAGACGCUAUGAAUUGUAAAAACGCUGGAAAAGGGGUGGCUGAAAAUUCAACCGAGUGAAAUGCUGCAAUCAGUAGCGAUAUACAUUUUUAAAACUCUAUAAUAAACUACUGGCUUUACGUGGAGCACUUAGAUGCUUCAAUUAAUGAUCAGAAGGACCUACUUUAACUACUCGUACGUUUGUACAAAAUCGUCAUGUUUCAGGGCCCAAUGUACGAGACAUGUAAAAAAUUAGUUUACUUCGAAGAACUUCCGUUAAUUCGACCCUGAUGGGACCGACGAAGUGGGCCAAGUUAUCCGGCAGCUUGACUUAAACAAGAUUUUGAAAAUAUGGUAGAACACACCACUGAUUCAUUUGUCAGUAUAUGCCCGAUUCUAACACGCCCACGAUUCAAAUGGGUGCUCAUUUUCUAUGUCUGCAAAGUAGCAAACUAGAAAUGACAUUAACGCUCCUAAACAAAGCAGAAAUGUAAUGCGCCCGAUUUACUUGCAAAAAAAAAAAAAAACGUUUCACAAUGGCAACCGGUUUGCUAAAGUCAGCUUCGCCGCAAGAUUAUUCAGAAUCAGAUAUGCCGCAAUACAUCUCUGUUGUGCGGCAAAGCAUACCAACUCCGCGAAGGCGGUUUUGGUAGCAUCUCUGGUUGCAUCGCGCAAGCAAUUUUCGGAACGCUCUUCUCGAAAAUAAAAAUGGCGCGCAUUUGAAUCGUGUAAAUAUCGUAAUCACACAUUGUGAGCUAUGGUUACUGCUUGAAAAUAUCCCUAGGGUAGGCCUAAAAUAGGCGUUUUCGACGGAAGAUGAUGUCUAUUCAACACAUUUACUGUCCCCCUAUGCUGCGUCGAAGACAGACGCUGCCACUAAAGGGGUCGCUAUUGGGGUCACCAUAGGUUUCAGGCGCAUGCGUGCUGACUGGUCAAGUUUAAAUUAUCCGGCGAAGGCUAAUUUUCGCAUUGAAAUAACGAAAUUUUGGGUCCACAGAAAUUCAUGGACGCUGACCGGGACCUUCGGUUGCGGUCAACGAUACCGGAGUCAAGUUAACGGCAGUCUACUGCACUAGUGGGCACCCAUUUCUUAAAUUAUGUAAUGUUUGGUGAGGUUCGCGGCUGCUAUUAUUCGGCCCACAUCAACGACAUUUGCUGCAUGCCCUUAAAGGACCGCACAGGCAAGCCUCACUGCUCUAUAUUGGCCUCGGUAUCUCCCAGAUUGUCUUAAUUUUAGGCUACUGUUGACAUGUUGCUCAAGAAAUUCAUGUUGCAUUGCUACGUGCCCCAUCAUAAUGUACAAUUCCAGAUUGGACUUGCUUGCUGCUGAGUCUGCAUUAGCUGUUCAGCAACUAGAGAUUUGCUUCAUCAAUAUUGACACGAUCCACAAAAACUAAUGCUGGGCCUUAGCUGUUGCUAAACUAUCAACAAACUAAAGCUAUCACCAACUACGCUCUUGAAAAUCGAAUUCCUUUGUAAAUGAAGGCACUGAAGGCGAACUCGUGCACUCGUAGUCAUCACUCGGCAUUGCUGUUACCUCAACAAUCUUCUGUAUGUAGCGAUCUCUGCCAUGGAACACAACCACUGUAUGCUGUUCUUUUGCUGUUCGAGAAAAAAAUAAAGAAAGAAGGCUGGUUAGAAUUUCGGCUGUUCUGCUUGUACUCUUGGAUACUUUUAUCUGUAUUUUUGACUCUUGAGAUGAAAAUGUUCUUUAAGAUGUUAAUAUUACUCAUAGUACGAUAUAUCUAGAGUAAAAACUUCAAUCUUAUUUUCCUUUCAUUAAAAAUUAUUGCAUCUUUAUGUCCUAUGCGGUGCUUCUUUGUGUCGGUUGUCACAUUAGCUGCAUUGUUAGAUACGUUAAAGCUACUUCAAUUCUCAAACUUAUUUGUGUCACCCAUUGUAGCUGUUUCUGCAACAGAUGGUGCGCAUGUUUGCGCUCUUGCAGUGUUUGUAACCUGCAUCAUCGUAAGUGCAUUUUCGCUUUUUCACAGUUACGUACAUUGACUUAUGCGUGUUUUCUUGUCUUUGACAUUGUUUUGCCUGUAAAAUUUUCUCCUGUACCACAAGGCAGUUUUGCAUAUCAGUCAGCAUAGGAAUGUUUAUUUAUUGGGCACUGUAAGCUAGUGUCAGGUCAGUUCACUAUGCUGUUACUCGUCUGGAAGCAUUGUAGCACUUCAUUUAUACUAAAUACUUUGUCUACAGGAUAACUUUUUGCUGAAUGAGGUAGCACAAUUUUUAUCCUUCAAAUCAUGCUCAUUGAAUACAAAAUGUCAUUCACAUUGCACCCUCCUAUGGCAGCUUGCUCAGCGCAUUGUGAACGAAUCUCGUAGACCAUGCUUUUGCAGACUGCAGUCACUGGAAGAGGUUUGAGACACCGGAAAUGACUUCAUGGCUGCCAUAUUUUGUACAUCUGACGUAGCUGUGCCAGCAGUCUUGGAUGCCAUUCUCUGUUGUGCACUAUUGCAAAGCUUAGGUGAAAAGAUUCAUUGAGAGAGGAUGGCAUAAUUGAUGAAUUCUUCUUUGGGGGGAGUAAACAAUGGCCAAGCUGCGUUUUCUUGAAGUCUAACCUAUCAGGUGUUCAGGGCUAUUUUUUAGUUAUAAACCGUGCACAUAAGCUUGUGUUUACUUCAAUAUUUUCACAGUGGUGCCACCAAUCCUUUCCUAGGUUUAUGCCAUUUUUCCGAUGAACGUUCAGUUCUCUGUAAACAUGGCACUUUGGACAGCGCAAAUAUCUCUCUUUGGUUUGUCUUACUCUUUCUCUUUAGUGUCUUUGUUACUGCAAUAGUGCUUUAGGAAAUCGUAUUUUUUCAGUGUUCUGAAAUCAGAUUUCUCUUCUUCCAUGGUUGCAGGUGUCGCUUCCAGGCAGGAGGAACUUUCUGGUCGUUAUUAUGUGGUGUUGCACAACUUUAGAGUGCUCAGAAUUUUUCUAUUUUUGGUGGAUGAUCUGUUUUGUUCCUUUGGUGUGUUGUAAACAAGCUUGCCGCUUAGAGUAUGGUGUGUAGUGUGCGACUCCGACUUGGGCUAAUCGGAACCGGAGGAGGAAAACCUGAAGAGCGAGCCAAGCAAUAUUUUUCAUUGAAACUUGCGUCACUGUGUACCACAUACUUUUUUUUAGUGUGUUCCUCCCUAUCUCAGUUCUUUAAAUCUUUUUUCUACGUCUAUUGUAACAUUCCUCUCUUCUAUCCUAUCUCUUCACAUGUGUCUUUCUCACGACCGCGGUACGUGUCGGAUGUACGCUGAAGUGUGAGAGAGUUAUGGCGCUUGUAGUGUUUCAUUUCCUAGAUGCUAUUUCCCUUUUAUUACAACAAAACUACUAUUACUACUACUGUGACUGGUAUGGUCACAGACCGGUCUGGUUGCGACCGGACAGGUCUUCGUCUACGUGAUGGCUGCCUGUUCGAACCUCACACUGGCACGUCAUUUGCGGUUGCUUGGCUUCUGCUUAAAUGAACACAUUGCGAGUUGCAUCAGUGAAGUACUGGUGGGCAUUCAAUCAUGUAGCAGGCUACUCUAUUUUCCCAAGUGAAUUUAUUUCCAAUUUCUAAAACGUUUCACCGUCAUAUUAUACAAAGUUGCAAGGCAAAACCAUCCAUCUUUUAGUUUCUUUCUUUUUUUUAAAUGUCUGUACCUUCAAAUCUGACAGCUAGGAUGUGUACACUAAGUACGUAUGUGCAUAUUUGUGGGAGUGCGGCAUCAUGCUUUAGGUCAUCCAGAUUUGUAUGUUUUCCUGGGUUGUUUGUAGGCUAUGACAUGCCUUACGGACAAAUAAUUUGCAACAGCAUGGAAAUUUUAAGAGCUUACCGCAUUUUAUAUGAAACCUUCCCAAAAUUUUUGAUCAUGCAAAGUUUGUAUGCGGUGUAUUCCAUGUUUGUUUUGCUUCCAUUUUGUUUGUAUUUUUGCAUACCAUACCUUUAACAAAACACAUGGAGCCCCUUUCGCCAUAUCUUUCUUUUUUCAUUAUAAACGUGCCAGCCUUACAACAGAUAAGAGUACAUGGCUGCAGUAUGAAAUUAGCUAUUUUGGUUGAGUAGGCUCCACAAAAUGUUGCCACUAGUUGGUGCAGUUAAAACUCGAUAUAACGAGGUAGGUAAAGUCAGCAAUUUGCUCCAUUAUAUCGAAAUUUCGUUGUAUUGAAAGUCGACCUUUUAUGCGAAUAAGUACAGUCGCCGAUCGAUUUUUCUUGCAUGUGAAGGCGCCGCAGAAUUUUCCGAAUUAUCGCGCAAUUGAAAAAAGUAAGUUUGAAUGAAAAAAACAAUUUGUUUUGACAGAUCUGGGAGUCGGCGACGAAUGAUACGGCUCCAUUCCACGUCGACGAUAUGUUCACAUAGGCGGUGGGAAUUAUGCGAAGCCAGCCACGCUCUCUCGUGCACUCUGCCCCCACCAACUGAUAGCAUCGCCUGCACUGGUAUGACGCUAUCCUGAAAAGCGUCGGCAGCGGGGAGCGAAUGCUUCGUUUGCCUCUCGCUAAAACGAGUUACAGAAACUCGAGAUUGCGCAACCUUCAAUACUAAACGAGCGGGAAGGCAGCUUACGUGAUGGCACACGGUCUCCGCACAUCCACUCUUUGCACACGCGCUAGAUUACCUCUAAAAAGCAAAGUGCGCGGCUAUGCACGCAGCCACACGAACAGCCAUGCACAGCUAUGGCUGAGACAAGUUCCAGAUGCGCACGAACUCUCCUGCGCACGAACUUCCCACUAAUCAAAUCGUGCUUUUGGCAUGUAAAACCCAGGAAUUCAUUCAUUCAUAUCAUCACGCCUGCAUUAUGCUUCCUCUUCAUCCUCAGACUAUCUUAGUGGAUGCUUGCGUAGGUCUUUAUUCCGUUUAUAUAUACUUCCAGGUACACUUUGCAUUGUAUGACUAAAGUGUCCACUCUCAUUGGUGGAACCACGAACAGCAUUGCGACGCAAACCAUUCUUAUUUCUAGAGUAGUGAUAACUUCUCACAGAGACAGCCAGUCAUGAAUACGAUGAUGUCAACAUGUGAACUUGUUUAAUGGUACUCAGAGAAGCAUCACUCUAAAAAAAGAAUGAAAUUUUAUUUGAGCUGUGUAACUUUUAUAGUACAGUAAUUAUUGGUAUUUCGUUUGUUGAACUAUUCGUAGCUGGAAACUUCACUUCUGCAUAUCAGAACCAGUCUGGGCUUUACAUUGAGGGUCCCGUUCCUAAAUCAGCAUAUCAAGGAAUGAAAUUCAGUGUAGCAUAUAGGAUACCUUGGGCAUCACAGCUAACACUGCUCGACUUGUUUUCAUUUUUCUUAGCAGCAUCCCUUUGAUUAUUGACUCAACCUUUCGUUCCCACACGUAGAUUACCUGCAGGA